GGCGAGGACCGAAAGAAUCGAUCUUUGCUCUCUCCCUCCCUCUGCCUUUGCCCAUGGCGGCUUCGACUGCUCGGUUGGUUGAGAGGCGGCUCACCUCUCUAUUGGAUCGAAGUCUUCGAUCCCAAAACCUUCUUCCCCAAGGAUAUGCAUGUUGUUCCUGUUUAGCUAAGGGCAUAAGAGGUGUCCAAACAAAGACAGAAACACCUAAUAUAGUCAAUAAAGAUGACAAGAAUUCUAAAUCUUGUCAGGAUGAUUCAAAACCAGUUUCCAACUCAAUCAAAACAGUUAGUGCAAUUGAUGAGGAGAACAACAUUAAGUAUAGAGCUUUCUCUAGCCUAAAAGCAUCCACGAGACAUGAUCUUGCCAUGAUCUUUACAUGCAAGGUCUGUGAGACUAGAUCAGUGAAGACAGUCUGCCGUGAAUCAUAUGAAAAGGGAGUGGUGGUGGCUCGCUGUGGUGGAUGCAAUAAUCUUCACCUAAUUGCAGAUCGACUCGGUUGGUUUGGCGAACCGGGUAGUGUCGAGGAUUUUUUGGCGGCACAAGGAGAGGAGGUGAAGAAAGGUUCAGUUGACACUCUGAACCUAACGUUGGAGGACUUGGCUGGGACUAAAUCAUCAUGAUCCUGAAACUUCAAACGGUUUUAUGCUUGUGUUACAAAAUCAACUAUAAUGUUGUACGAGUUAAUAGGAGCUGCUUAUUGGCUUUAUUGUUUUAUGUAAUCAGAAACAGCAUAGUCUUCGAUACUCGUAUUCAGAGUGAUUUGAACAAAGGAAUUGUUCCUGGCCUUUUUUGCUGAUUUUGCUCCCCUGAUUCAUAUAACAGGAGUGGUCAGAUGGUCAAGAUGUUUGAAAUAUUUUGGUCUGUUAGAUCUUAUUAUAACAAAUCAUUGCUGUU